CCUUAGGCGAACUUUAAGUCUCAGCGCGUGUUCGCGUCUUGACUCCCACCCCGCCGUGCCCCGCCGUUCGACGAGGAGUGAUAAGCUAGUGAACUCCUGGCGGACUAGUCAGUCCCGUCGGAUUCGCUUGGCAGGCACACGAGGUGUCACGAGUGAGAAAGUGACAACUAGAGCCCUAGAGCCCUAUUCGUGCGCGCCGGGCCUCUUGGAGUGACGCGCUCGUGGCCUGUCAGGCGGGGAAUCGACCUUUUGUUUGGUUCGGAAAUGCUGUGCCGCCGUGAGUGCCUGGCGAGGUGGCCGCGGUGGGGCCGCUGGCCGCGCCCUGCCGGUCGACUGGGGCACCACGCCGUCCGCGCCGCCUCCACCGCCUCCACCGCCCCCGCCACCCCCGCCGGCUCCGAGCGCGGGGAGGCCUACGUGCACAUGAAGAGCACCAUCCCGCUGCUGACCGAGACCAUCGGCCAAGUGCUGCAGCGGACGGCGGCCAAGUACCCCGAGCGCGUCGCCGUGGCAUCGCACUACCAGAACCAGAAGAUCACCUUCAACGACCUCCUCAAGAAGGCGGACAGGCUCGCGGCGGGACUGCUGGCCCUGGGGCUGUCCAAGGGCGACCGUGUGGCCAUGUGGGGGCCCAACUCGCUGGAGUGGGUGCUCGUCAAGCUCGCCGUGGCCAGGGCGGGCCUGGUUCUCGUGACGCUGAACCCCGCGUACCAGGCCAGCGAGCUGGGCCACUGCCUGCGCAAGGUGCGCGCCAAGGGACUCAUCUGCAACCACACGUUCAAGACGCAGAACUACCACAAGCUGAUGCUGGAGGUGGCGCCAGAGAUCGCCACCAGCACGCCAGGCAACAUCCGCAGCGACAGCCUGCCCGACUUCAAGGCCCUCGUCACCAUCACCAACGAGCUGCUGCCGGGCUCGCUGAGGCUGUCCGAGGCCAUCGCCGCCGGCACGGACAAGGGCGUCAGGGAGGUGCGCGAGCGGCAGGGCGACGUGGACCCCUUCGACAUCGUGGAGAUCCAGUUCACGUCGGGCACGACGGGCUCCCCGAAGGCAGCCAUGCUGACGCACCACAACGUGGUGAACAACGCCCACUUCCACAACCUGCGGCGGUACACCACCGGCAGUCCCAAGAACCACGACCUGGUGUGCUCGCUGGUGCCCUUCUUCCACGUGUUCGCCAGCGUCAUCGGCAUCCUGGCGUGCGUCGAGGCCGGCGACACGCUCGUCAUCGCGGCGCCGCACUAUGAGCCGGGGCCCGUCUACGAGGCCAUCAAGGCCCAAAAGCCGACCGUCAUGUUCGGCGCCCCCACCAUGUUCGUCGACCUGCUGCAGGAGCUGGAGCGUCACGGCAACCAGGGCUUCGAGUCCAUCGACAUGCUGUUCUCCGGGGCGGCCAUCGCCACCGUGGACCUCCUCAACAAGAUCAAGAAAGUCCUGCCGCAGGCCGCGCUGCGGCAAGGAUACGGCAUGACGGAGACGAGCCCGGCCACUUUCACCAUUCCCUACGAGGUGGACGAUCCGAACCGGGUCCUGUCCUACGUGGGCCAGUUGCUGCCCCACCUUGAGGCCAAAGUCAUCGACCCCAACGGCAAGACAGUGCCGUUCGGCGAGCGCGGCGAACUGUGCAUCCGUGGCUACGCCACCUGCAAGGGCUACUGGGACGACCUGGAGAAGACUCGCGAGCUCAUCGACGAGCAGGGCUGGCUGAGGACGGGGGAUCAGUUCGUCCUGGAGGAGGACGGCUACGCGCGCAUCGUCGGCCGCAUCAAGGAGCUGAUCAUCCGCGGCGGCGAGAACAUCGCCCCUAAGGAGGUGGAGUCUGCUCUGUCCAUGCACCCCGCCGUCCUGGAGGCCACGGUGUACGGUGUCCCUGAUGAAAGAAUGGGUGAGGAAAUUGCCGCAGCCAUUCGACUAAAAGAUCCAGCAGUUACCAUUACUCUUCAAGAGAUGAAGGCAUUCUUGAAAGGAAAGGUUGCCCACUACAAAGUUCCGAAAUAUCUAGAUGUGAUGCCAGACUUUCCGAAGAACCCUUCAGGCAAAAUCCAAAAGUUCAAGCUACAAAACGCCUUCAUUGAGAGAAUGAAAAAGUAAAUGUUUUCAAGGCAUUCAAUUUUAUGUAAUUUGAUCAACUGUGAUGGACCUCUUGAAGGGCAAUCUUCGUGUGCAAAUACCUCAAUUUCAAGUGUUUUUUUUAAAUGUGAUAUUAGUAUUAUUUUUAUAUAUUUUUACUGAAAUUGUGUUACAUGUAUAUCCUUGUGUGAUUGUGUCUGUGUGACUGAAAUAAGAGUAUGCUCAAAAGUAUUGUUUGCAAAUAAAUGUGACAGGAAUUGAUCUCCUUAGUAA